AUGCCCGAAGAUUGUGCCCGACACUUGCAACUGGUGUACUCAAUCUACUCUGUCUUAUAUCCACUUCCAUCCGACUCAUUCGGGGCGGGAACCGAUUACGUCGAUCUAUGCGUUAGGUGCGAGAUAUUAGCAGUGGCCUAUACCUCAAUGGAAGACACACAGUUUCACAUCAGAGGCUGGCUCAGCAACCUUGGACAAUCGUAUAAGAACCGAUUCGAGAUAUUAGGAAACAUAGACGAUCUCAAUCUGUCAAUUGAAUACCAAAGGCAGUCGAUCUCAUUGGCUCCUGAUGCCCACGUCGACAUGGCCGCUCAACUCACUGGCCUCGGUUGCAAAUAUAUGACUCGGUUCGAACAACUCGGUGAAUUGGAAGACGUAGAGAAUGCUAUGGGCUCCUUCGAGAAGGCCAUAGUACUUACACCCAAAGAAGACUUUAAUAUAUCGAAUCGUCUUGACAAUCUAGGCCUUGUCUACUACUCUAGGUUUGAAAGGUUAGGUCGGAUAGAAGAUAUCAACAAGGCCAUAGAGUUACAAAAUCAAGUGGUUUCAGCAGAGGUAGAAGGGCACCCGGAUGCACCUGACUGGUUUAGCAAUCUUGGGAACUCUUACCUUAGCCGUUUCGGGGCAACAUGUAAACAGGAGGAUCUCAACAAUGCCAUUUAUUGUCAUAAAAAGGCAAUAUCACUCACCCCAGAGGGUGAGGACAGCGAAGGACUUUCGUCCAGGUUGAAUAACCUCGGAAACUCGUGUAUGGCACGUUUCGAAUAUUGCGGACAGGAGGAAGAUAUGGCUAGGGCGAUCGAAUAUCAAACGCGGUCCGUGUCACUCUUACCAGAAAAUCACCCAAAUUUAGCUACAUAUCUCGCGAAUCUGAGCGCAUCUCACCUGGCUCGCUUCGAACACAUUGGCGAACUCGUAGACAUCAAUAAAUCGCUUGAGUUACAAUUAAACUCUCUUUCUCUAUUCUCUACUUCUGGAGAGCAUUGUGACCUAGGGGGUAUUUUCAAUAAUCUGGGUAACUGUUAUGCAACUAGGUUCAGGCGUUCGGGAUCAGCAGAAGACAUCAACAAUGCUAUCGAGUAUCAUACUAAAGCGACGGAACUAACAAAUGAUGAAAACCCUAGCACACCCAUUUGGCUCAACAAUCUCAGUGGCUCAUAUUCAUCUCGGUUCGACCUUUCAGGGAAUCUAGACGAUCUCAAAAAGGCUAUAAACUAUGCUAAUCAUGCCCUUGCAAUUACUCCAGAAAAGCACCCACUGAUGGCGAGCAGACUUACCAACCUGGGUAACCUGUACACGAGUCGCUUCGAUCGGUUUGACGAGGUACAUGAUAUCGAAAAAGCAAUUGAAUUUCACUCCAAGGCAGUUCUACUGUUUCCUACGGGCCACGAGGAUCUUCCAGUCGGGCUUAACAGUCUCGGGAACUCGUAUAUGUCCCGGUUUAGGCGAAACAACAAUUUGACCGAUAUAACAAAAGCCAUAGAACACCACGGUCAUGCAAUCUCGAUGGUAUCUAGGAGCCAUCCUGCUAUAUCCACCUACCUUAAUUCACUCGGACUCUCAUAUGCCUAUCGUUUUGGAUACCUGGGAGAUCAAGAAGACAUGAAUCAGGCCAUUUUAUACCACAAAGAAGCUAUCCAACUUACACCAGCUGAUCAUCCUUUAUUACCCAAGUGGCUUGCAAACCUCGGUAGUUCAUUGGUCGACCGAUUUCAGCACCAUCAUGAAUUAGAAGACUUAAACCAGGCAAUUGAGAACCAAUCCCGCGCAAUCACAUUAACACCAGAAGGCCAUACUGAUAUGUGCACCAGACUUAUGCACCUUGGAGCUUGGUUUGGACUCAGAUUUGACCGUUUGGGCUGCCUCAAAGAUAUUGAUACAGCAAUAGAUCUCCAAGUCCAGGCGGUUUUGACAAGCCCUGAUGGGCAUCCAAACAACGCCCUUUGGCUCGAUAACCUGGCUAUGUCUUACACCGCCAGGUUCGGUCAUUUAAAGGAAACGAAGGAUAUCGAUCUAGCAAUCAAACACCAGACUAAGGCUGUGACACUAGUUUCCGAAGGGAACACCACUUUACCAGGCAGAUUGAAUAACCUCAGUUGUUCGCACCUUCAGCGUUUUUCAAACUCUGAGGCACUGGAAGACUUAAACAGCGCUAUCGAAUACCAACGCAAGGCUCUAUUGCUCAUCCCUAAGGAUCAUAUCCAUACACACGGCAUACUCUCUAACCUUGCCACCACCUAUCUCAGCCGGUUUGAAGCCGCUGCAGAUCUUGCUGAUAUUGACCAAGCAAUAGAACUUUAUUCCCAUGCGGUGUCAACCGCACCUGAGGAUCAUGUAUACAGGUUAAGCUCAAUGAAUCACCUAGGCCGAUCGCUUCGGCAUCGUUUUACGGUGACAAGAAAUCUGAAGGACAUAGACGAUGCAAUAGAGUACCACAGCUAUGCUUUAUCAAAGACUCCAGAUGAUGAUAUGAAUGCACCGAUGCAAUUGAGGGACCUCGGAAAAGCAUACAGCCAUCGAUUUCGGAUUAUGGCUGACGCAACUUCAUUAGGAAAUGCUUUAAAGUGCUUUGGUAAAGCUGCACAAUCGCGCGCUACAGAUCCAACGCAAAGGUUCUUGGCAGCGUGCGACUGGAUCGAUCUCUCAUCAGGACAUGCUGGUAGUGAACUCUUGAAGGUCUGCGAGGUUGCUAUGGAUCUCGUUCCAGAGAUCGUUUGGAUUGGCUCUACCAUCGCACAAAGAUACAACGAUAUACGUCGGAUCAGGAACAUAGCUCGCAGAGCAACAGCAGUGGCUAUUCAGGCCUCUAAGUAUUCAUUGGCACUUGAGUGGCUCGAGCAGGGUCAAUCUAUCGUUUGGAACCAGGUCUUGAGGCUCCGAAGCCCUCUCGACGAACUAAGGAGUGUCAACCCAAUCCUAGCAAGCCGGCUUGCCCAAGUGUCCAAAAGCUUGCACGACGCAGGCUCAUUGCCUUCCAACUUUACUGAAAUAUUUGAAGACCCUCGUGAGUCCGAACGGGUUGCUCAGAAACGUCACCGUUUGGCCGAGGACUAUGAGAACACCCUAAUCCAAGUGCGACAAACACCUGGAUUCGAAAACUUUCUUCGUCCCAAAAGAUUGUGCGAACUGCUCCCAGCUGCUCAUAAAGGGCCUGUAGUUUUGAUUAACGUCGACAAAUCGCGCUGCGAUGCUCUAGUCAUAACACCAAGUUCCACUGAUGUUUUCCUUGUUCCUCUUUUCAGAAUUUCGUACAAUCAAAUAGUCCAACUUCGUGACAGGAUAGAGCGCUCACUUGAAGAUCUGUGCUUCAGGAAGCAAAGUAAUUACAGACGCCCACUAAUGCUGUCUCAAGAAGAGAAUCCACAAAAUCAAGAUUUUGAAUUUGUUCUAAGCACUAUCUGGACCGGUAUCACGAAGCCUGUGCUAGAUUUUCUGGGCUACAAGGCAAGCCAAGAACUACCCACGUCAUCUAUAGACUCCACUCCGCAUAUCACAUGGUGUACCACGGGUCCACUGUCUUCACUUCCCCUUCAUGCGGCCGGGAACUAUAGUGAGACUGGCGCCAAGGUGUUUCAAUACGUUAUCUCGUCGUAUACCCCAACUCUUGGCGCAGUUAUUCCCGGUCACUCUCCGGAACUAUGUGUGGCAUCAAGCGUAUUGGGUAUUGCGCAAGAGAAUACUCCGGGACAAGGCCAUCUUCCGGGGACGACGAACGAGCUCUCUCGCAUUUCAGAGCAUGCUAAAGCACCAAUUAUUUUCUCAAGACUUACUGGUUCUUGUGCAACAACGCUCGCUACUCUGGACGCGAUGGAGCAACAUGACUGGAUUCACCUCGCAUGUCACGCAACCCAGGAUAUUGCGGAGCCCACCGAGAGUGGGUUUUUCUUACACGACGGGAUCUUAGCCCUAUCAAGGAUUGCGCAGGAGGAUCUCAAGGGAAAGGGGCUGGCGUUCCUUUCAGCAUGUCAAACCGCGACAGGCGAUAGGUCAUUGACAGACGAAUCAGUACAUCUCGCGUCAGGGAUGCUUAUGGCUGGGUAUCCGAGCGUAAUUGCCACAUCAUGGUCAAUCGUAGACUGUGAUGCUCCACUGAUUGCGGACACUAUAUACCAAUUCCUUCUCAAAGACGGCAAGAUGAAUCAUAGGGACACAGCGAAAGCAUUACACGUAGCAGUUGAGAAAUUGCACUUCAGCAUGUUUCUCAAGUCCCUAGGGCUACGCGUUUACAUUACAGACGCAUCCGGAUCACCCCUCUCAGAGUACCAAGAGGUCAAAACAGCAGAUAAUGCCAUUGAGUAUAUGCAAUUUCACGCUUACCAUACUUGGGUUGAUCAAGACUUCCCUAGAUGCUGGAUUCCCUCUGUAGAAGGCGCCAACUUCCAAAUCCACUGGGAGGUUCUUGAUAGGACUCCAAUGGCAGCUGGGUGCUGUUCCUGCGCAACCCCGUAUUUCGAUGGGGUCAAAUUGAAAAGCAAGAUUGCCCCUAACGGAAAGAAUAAGGGAAGACUAUACGGACAUCCGGUUGCGCCGUCCACUAUUCGGUUAUACCAAUUUGGGAAGCGGACGUUCACAGAUGAGGAGGACACAUCCGUGGCGAACGCAAUGGCUGUGGAGGACCUUGGUACAAUUCGACUCAAAAUAGAGUGGGGGCAAUGCGUACAAAAGGAUAAGCGCACCCUACGCCGCUUCACCGAUCCGAGGCCAGCCCCAGUUCAUGAAAAAUUAGCCAAGAAAGGAUUUUGGGACUCGGCUGGGCUGGGUCAAACUGCGGAAGUUCAUCUGCCUGCGUUUGGAAAGUUUAUUAGGAAAGAAGAGGCAAGUUGUGGGAAUUUUGUUUUUCGCUACGCUUCCGAAGAUUCUCUCAAAGCACAAGGAAUUAUGCCUAUUGUUUCCAAGAUCGAGUCGACUCCCAAAUCAGAAGACAUAAAAAAAUCUGAGCCGUUGGAUAUACAACUUGGUCGCAAACGAGUGCGCGCUGCCAGACCAGAAGCGAGCGGGUCUGACACCGUCGAGGAUGAUGAUAGGAUCCCUCCUCCUCUCGCGAAGAAGCACAAGCCAUAG